AUGGCCCAACAACAACCACUACCCCUACAACCAUGGCCUCCAACUACAACAACAACUACCCCAACUAAAACAACCACGACCCCAACUUUAACAACCACUACCCCAACUACAACAACCACUACCCCUGCAACAACAACCACUAUUCCAACUACAACAACCACUACCCUAACUGCAACAACCACUACCCCUGCAACAACAACCACUACUCCAACUACAACAACAACUUCCCCAACAACAACAACCACUGACCAAACAACAACAACCACUACACCAACUACCACUACUCCAACUACAACAACCACCACGACAACUACAACAACCACUACCCCAACUACAACAACCACUGCCCCAACUACAGGAACAACUGCCCCAACUGCUGCUGCCACAACCACAACUACUACUGCCAGUGAUGCCUGUUGUGUCAGAAUGGGAAUGCUGCAUCUGCUGAUUGGACUCUUCAUUUUCAUACUAUUUUAGAUUUCAGAACAAAAGUGGAUGAACCUUUGAAUCCACUGGAAGGACUCUGAGAGAAGCCUUAGCAGUCUUUGGUGUACUUGCUGCCAUCUUUGAUUAUAAAAUUCCUAUUUAGUCCAAAGGGGAUAGGGUCUGGGUGAAGUUAAAGUGAGCUAAGUCAGCACCAAUGAUAUAGACAGAUGCAUACAAAACUUUAACUUUUGUUCAAUUUAUUAGCCUUAAUUUAAGUGAAACAUAAAUUGCCUCACGGAAACAUACUCACUUGAGAUUUCAUUACAAAUCUGUGUUUAUUUUUUGAAGUGGACUGAAUGCUGUUAAACAUGUGAUCUUAUUUAACUUUUUUUGGCAACUUGUACAACUAUGAUACCUUAUUUAAAAAUGUUAUAUUAUUAAAUUGUGGCAUAAAUGAAAGUCAAACUUCAGGAAAUGUGUUCAAUAAAUUAACCAUUUAAAAAAUGUACAGCUUUAUUUCAUGCUUCAAGUGAAAGUUUUUCUAAAUUUUUUCAAUAUUUAAUAUUAUUUUAAUCUCAUAUAUUUAUGCCAAUUUGAAUCAGUACAGGAGCGAGAUGACAAUCAAAUAAAUUCCAUUGUUUCUUUUAAUGCUCUUAAUUCAUUUAUUAAUUUAUUACUUUUCUUCAGACGUUUUCCUGAAAAUGUAGGAAAAAACUUGUUGUGGUUACUCUUUUGUAUAUGACACAAAUUUCUUUCACAUUAGAUUAAGGCCACAAAAGAUGGGAAUGAUGAUAAAUGUGUGUUAUUACACAAAAGAAGAAAAAUAUUUACUGCAUUAUAUGUUGUAAUCAUU